CUAUGCACUCACCUAAAGGGCUCAAAGUUUGACGGGGGGGAUCCACGCCGAAAUAUUUCAGCUAUCGAUUCAACUGGUCAAAGGGAUUUGGAGCAGAAAACUGAACAACCGAGCAGCAGCGUGAUAAGUGUAUUGCUUGCUUGUGCCAAAGUAUCGGGGGAGUGGAUUUGUUAUCAGCUGCUUUACGUGAUCUGGUCAAAGUGCAUCCUGCAUGUGGAGCUUUUCCUCGACUGAUGAAUUCACAUCUAUCAAAUAAACAUGGGCAUAAAGUCAAAUAAGGGGCUUCAGGUUGCAGGAAAGACAAAAGAGAAAACUCAGUGGAAAGAAUUCGUAGAGGCAGUGAGUACUCUGCAAUGGGUGCUAUGCUUUCUCCUCUUAGGAGUGGCCUGCAUUAUAUUGAUGGUGUGCCUCAUGUUUACGUCGUUGUGGCCGCUCCCCACUCUGUACUUCAUAUGGAUGGUGAUUGACUGGCAAACCCCCGAAAGAGGAGGCAGGAAAAUGACAUUUGUGAGGCGGUGGAAGGUCUGGGAUCACUUCAGGGAUUUUUUCCCAAUUAAACUGGUGAAGACGGCCGAGCUGAAUCCGAACAAAAACUACAUCCUGGGUUGUCAUCCGCAUGGCAUCAUGAGCGCAGGAGCCUUCAGCUGCUUCAGCACAGAAAGCUGUGGCUUCACGGAGGCAUUUCCUGGGCUGAGAGCCUCCCUGGCGAUACUAGCAGGCCUUUUCAGGAUACCGCUCUUGAGGGAGUACCUGAUGUGUGCAGGUCUUUUUCCAGUCAGUAAACCGAGCCUCGCCCACCUCCUCUCAAAGAGAGGCAAGGGAAAUGCAGUGGUGAUUGUGAUAGGGGGCGCCGCAGAGUCCCUGGCGUCCUGUCCAGGAGUUAACGCAGUGGUGAUGAGGCAGAGAAAGGGAUUCGUCAGGGUGGCUCUUGAGUUUGGGGCUGAUCUGGUGCCCGUUUACUCAUUCGGAGAGACUGGGCUCUUUCAGCAGGUGGUUUUCUCAGAAGGCAGUCUCGGUCGGAGGUUACAGGAUCUUUUCAAAAAGACGAUGGGUUUCGCCCCGUGUCUUUUCCUCGGGGAGCGCUGGGCUUUCCUGCCCUACAGGACCCCGGUCACCACCGUUGUGGGAAGUCCAAUCUCAGUGCCAAAGCACACCACACCUACCCAGGAGGAGGUCGACCACUAUCAUAGGCUUUACAUGGAGGGCCUCUCGAAGUUAUUCCACGAACACAAAGUCCGCUGUGGACUUUCUGAAAAUCACAAGCUCCAGAUCAUUUAGACAUUUCCCUUUAUUGGCUCAACUGGGAUCCCCAUGGACGGGUGUUUGGAUCUGAUGAACUUCAUCUUCAACCAGUGAUUGAUUCUGCAGGUUUCUUUGAUCAUAUUGUACUGUAUUUGAACACAUGCAAAUGUACCUAAAAUGAUGAAGGGGUUCUGCGUUCAUGAUGCACUGAAACAUUGGUGCCUACUUAAUCUGGGGGAAUUUCACGACAUAUUUAAAAGUGUACUGUGUUUCUUUCAAUUCUGAAAAAAAUGUUUGUUGAAAUAUAAAGCAUUAAUGUUGAAUUGUA